CUCUCUCUGUGUGUUGAUUAACCAGUCAUGGCAGUCACAUGUGGAAUUUUUCAUUACCUUGCCCCAGGGGCACCAUGUUGCCUGUGCUGUUUUUUUCCCACUCCUGUUCCCUCUCUCUCUCGCUCUCUCCCUCUCUCUCUCUCUCUCUCUCUCCCUCUCUCUCUCAUUCUCUCUGUGGUAUUAUUCUGAGUCAGCCAGCAGAGCAGUGGGCUGCCAGCUGUCUGUUUGUUGUUUGUUAUUGAGCCAGCUGUAUGGGGCAGUAGCAGCAGCUGUCAGUGUGUCUCCUCCCAUGGCCUGCCGUCCUCCCUGUGCCUCCUACACCGUGGUCAUCAUCCCCCUCAGGACCAGCCUCUACAGCCUGGACGCUCUGCGCUUCUACCUAUGGAUUAAACGCCUCAAGGAUCUGGAGAGGGAGAAGGACUCUCUGUGGUGUGGUCUGGAGGUUCUGGAGAGGGCCCGUCUCUGGUACCAUCAGCGGCUGGAGGAGAACACGGCACGGCAGGCCAGCAUCGAGGCCCAGACUGGGGCUGGCUCCAGGCAGGAGGAUGUACCUGAGACAUGGUCGUGCCUCCUGCGGUCCCGUAUCCAGCGGGUGAACGGCUCCCUGGGCAGUGUGAUGAGUGAGCCCAAUGUGACCGGCGGCAGCACCCACUCCCUGCCCGACGCGGUGGCAGACAGCGACCUCCGCUGGCACAACACAGUACUGACACAGCAAGUGAGUGACAAGAAUAAUCAGAUCUCCAUGUUAGAGCUGGAAAAAGACGCCCUCCUCAGGGAGCUUGGUGAACUGCAGGCCCGCUGACUGCCAGCACAGGCGUGCACAGACGAACAUGCUGUAUUUCAGAUUUACAUUUCACUGACUGUCGUGGUGUUAUUCACUAACCAAUUGUAAAUAUAUAUUUAAGUUAAGUAAUGAUGUGUGUUCUCUCUGUUUCUGUGAACCGGUUUUGUCGAGUAAACUGACUGAUAUGCUGCCUCUGCAGUUAUGAGUCAGUCACCUUUUCAGAGCCAAGCCCUUCUUACAUGACAUAAUACAUAAUGAUGACUAUAAAAAAAAAACACAUUGGGCCUGUUGCAACAAGUAAUGUAUGAAUUCCAUAUUGACAUAACCAUUAACAUGAAAAACAUUUGCACUGAAUUGUCUAGUCGCUCUGUUAAUAUAACAUAUUCCCUACUCUAAUGAUUUUCUACUGUUAAUUCAUUUUUCCUGUUAUUGAAUUAUUACAUUGAUGGGGUUUAAUAUAUGACUUAAAAAGCCAAACUUUUUAAAGUUAUAUUAGCUGAACUGAUAAAUCAUACUAACUAGUCAAAAUUCAGCUCAUAGUUCUCAUCCAUUCACAUAUGUAGUUACUAUUGGGUGCUACAUCUGAACAAUGAGUGUAUAUUUAUGGAGGAGAUCUUUUUUUAUGACUGUAACUAUUGCCCCAAGUAUCUCCCUUGUGCAAUAAAACCUAACAAAUGUAAUUAUUCUAAUGUUACCAUGUUAGUGAUGGGUAAUUUUAUGAUAAUAAUGGGAAAUGUAUUAUGUUAACAGAAUUGAGGUGCUGUUAGCUGCGAACCGGUGCUAUGUUAUUGGUUUUUAUGUGACAUAUAGGCUAUAAUUUCACUUAUUAACAUAAUUGUAGGCUUUAUUUAGAAGAGGCUCUUUGGUGACAGCAAUCGUUGUUGCUCAUGUAUGAGACAGUGUGUCUCCUCCAGGAAUGAGAUGUUUGUCAGUAUGAAGUUAAGCAUCUACACAACUAACUAUAAAAUCCAGCUGAUACAAAGUUGAUAGUAAAAUUGAGUGUUAACACUGGACAAUGCAAAUAAAGUGUGACAUAAUAAUAAUA